AAUCCAGUAUUGUCACCUCGACAAAUAUCCAACAUGGAAGCUGAACACACAUUUUCUGCUGGUGGCACCAAACUCCCAAUCGAGGUUGUUUUGUUGAUUGUUGAGAAUCUGCUCCCUCAAAAUGAUGCGACGCGACCGAUCCUCCCCGCAUCACAUCCUAUCACGAAGACACUCGUGUCUUUGACGACGGUGUGCAAAGCAAUACAUCCCACUGCUAGCAAACUCCUCUGGCAAAACUGUCUCUACAUAGAUACAAAGUCAAAACUUCGUAGGUUCAGACGAUACAUCUCGCAAAAGAGCCCAAUCACCGGGCGGUCACCAUGUGAAGCCUAUGGCUCGACGAGACUAUAUCUCAGCCCGUUACAUUACAAGUUUGACACUGCUUCUACUUAUGAAUCUGUCGCCCCGUCUGUUCGCCGUGGUAAGGAGAAACCUGGCCGUAUGAGCGACGGCUCCGACAGUGACAUGGAAAGUGAUCAGAGUGAAGAAUGGACCGAUGGAUCACAACCCGGGAGUCAUCGCGUACCUCGUUCAAGAUCUCCUGUGGAUGAUGGAUAUUCUGUGUACUCAACGCAUAAUUGGAGAGACGCACCAAUGCAGGACCUUCGAACGAUCCACAUUCUCAAAGACGUUCUCAUUACUCUUGCACCAGUCCUCAAGACCAUCAUCGUGGAUAUGCCCUUGAGAGAUUUAAGUCCUACACAAAACAAAGACAUCUUGGAGCCCCUCAGACAGGGGUUCGAGGCUCUGGUCAACAUCGAAGAACUUAUCAGUGUUAAAGACGAAUUAUACGUUGAUACGGAUACUGAAGUUAUACAACCCCAUGUCUUUAUCAAAUGGCCGAAACUGCGACGUUUAUGUCUGUACAACGUCAUGGCUGCGGAUACAUUCUUCGAAGAUAUGGCCUCGUGUCCCCAAUUAGAUACGGCUGUUUUCGUACGGCCUGAUCUCGCAGAUGAUGUCAAAGGAGAGUGGGCGGUGGCCUGGGCCAAAAUCAACCUCCGAGAAACGAAGGAUGACGGUUCAGUAUAUAAAGGGCCCAAGAUCUCAAUGGCUUUCUGCGACUGGCCGCCCUACCUAUAUGACUUCAGUAGCAAGAUACCUCACUGGCAAGAAGUUGACCCUGACAACAAAAUCACUGUUUCAACCGUGGCUACGCAUGAAAGAUACGAUAGAAGAUCAAGAAGAAGGGGGCCCAUUGCCUCAUGUCAGGAUUGGAUCAGGGAUCACGCUUUGAGAGGUACGAUUUGGAGUGAAGUUGAGAACAAGAGCCAGCCUUUUACUCCACCAAUAAUGUUUGAGGAGGGACAGGAUGAAGAGGACGAUGAUGAAUGGGUUGAUGACGACGAUGGCGAGGAUUGGAGUGACGAUAAUUCCGAUUUAUGGUGAUGAAUCUUACGAAUUAAAGAAUUUCGGCAGACCUUCACUACCUCAAGCUUAUUCUGUUGGUCAAAGUGGCACUCAAAAAGUCCUGUCAAUUUCUCGGCAGCUCUCAAUUCUCCAUGCUUACUGGGGCUUGUCCUUGGCCUCAUCGACCUGCAACUCAAAGAAACUCUCAAUCAAACUCAACGUGAUCAUAGCACUCGAGAACAGAAGCGAAACCUCAUCACCAAACUUGACAUCCUCCAACGGAUCCCUCACCAACUUUGCAUCACGAUCAGCAUCCAGCUGUCUCUUGGGCAUCUCCUCCGGCAACGGGUGGAACGGAAGACCAGAUGGUAGCUUCUGCGGCUCUUGAGGCUUGUCAUCCGGAAAUCCACCAAAGACAUCACCGCCUUCUUCGGGAGUAUCGGGUUCUUUACUCAAAAGCUCAAUGGCUUUCUUGUAAGCUUCAUUGUCGGGUUCUUGCUUUUGAAGACCUUCAAACAUCAGAUAUACUGCGCGGAUGACACUCUCGAGGGCGCCGACAAUCCAUGCGUGGUGGGAAGAGGAGGCUUCGCCGAUGAGAUACAGUUGACCGUAGGCGUUGGGCUUAAUGAUCUCUGACCACAUGUUGGAGAACUGGCUCGGGCCGAAGUAUGCAAAAGCACCAGACAUGUUCUCGUCUCUGUACCAAUCAUACGCAUGAUGGUCCUGAUACUGAUCCUUCAGAAGAGCGAGAAGCUGAUCGUAUGUGUAGUCGCUCUGCUUUGAGUGUAGCAGCGCAAGAUCGUGAAGAAGCACAGAGAGGAGCUGCUCUUCGUUCUUGGGCGUCUCGGGUGAGAUCAGAGAUCCAAUGCGCUGUGCAUCCUGACCCCAGGUGUACGAGCACAGAAGCACAGCAGGCUUGUUAGGGUCCCAAUCCUGGCCCUCGUUUGACUCAAUGUUGUAGGACGGAUACACACAAACCCGAAGAGGAAGAUCAGUAUGCGCAAUACCACCCUUCUUGAUGUUGAACGGAGGCUUCUGCCACCACGCCGUCUCAAACUUGAUACCAACCUUGCACGAAGCACCAUAUCCCAAAGCCCGAAUAGCUUGCUUGGUGCCCCAGAGAAGGCCCGCAUCCUUGAGAUCCAUUCUUUGAAGAGCACCGAGCGUUGUGCUAUUGAACACAGCAAAGUACUCCUUUUCCUUGACAACCUGGUUUUUAUUAAUGCGGAGUUUCAUCGACGUGAAGUCCUUGGGCUUGCGCUUCUUGCGCUCUUCAACCUGCGCGUCUAUGGCGACAACUUGGCUGUUGUAUUGGACGGGCUGUUUGAUCAUUUUUGCCAUACGGUGCGCGAUGGUUUGGGCGCCUCCAUCGAUACACCACCAGUAGUUGGUGGGUUGGCCAUCGAUUGGUUUGGGAGUUGCGAAGUCGAGUUCUUCAAGAACGCAUUCUGUGAGGGACUGGUCGUACCAGCCAGUGCCACUGAGGAGUGUCAGUACAGAUAUCUACCAGGAAACCUUGGGGCCACUCACUAUGUGGCAGACUCGAGCCACUCAAUGGUGUUGUAGUUGUACCCCGGGCCCUCGGGAAUGGGACCAGAAUUGUCCUUGGGUUUGCCCUCCCUCUUCUUUCUGUCACCAUCUCCCCUAACACGGCGUCAGCGUACUACAGUCUCCACUGGUGCUCUGGGUACUCACGAAGAGAGGAACUGACGAGUGC